UAGUAUAACGUGUCGUAAAAAGUUACUAUCAAUUAUGCCAGUUUUUCAGGAAUCGUGUGCAGAGCAAAUACAAGCACAAACGAUCAUUAUAAUUCAUCCUGGAUCCAUGUAUCUUAGGAUGGGACGAGCAUCUGAUUUAAAUCCUUGCACAAUAUUAAAUGCUGUUGCGAGGAAACGUUUACAAGGAGGAUUAGAAUAUAAAGACAGUUUACUACCAUCAGCUAUACCACGAACAAAAGAAUUGACACAAGCAAUGGAAGAAUCUCGUCUACAAGUGUCACAUACAUUACAAUCUUGUCUUCAGUCUGAUGGGAGAAGAAGAUAUGCAACACCACCUCAGCAAAUAGCUGCCUUUAAUCGUAGAUCAAAUCCAGAAAUAUCGUCUCCAUGCAGUGUUGAAUGGAUAAAAACAGAUAAAGAUGUUGUAGUUGGAGAUGAUGUGUUAUCAUUAAAUCCAGAUGAUAAUUUUAAUGUUCAUUUCCCAUAUAGGAGAGGAGAGCUUAAUAUUCAUACUGGCCCUGGUGGUAGUCUAAGAUCUGUUAUGGCUGAUUUAAAAACAAUUUGGGAAUAUGUGCUUACAGACAAAAUGGACAUUCCAUUAAGAGAUUUAAAACAUUAUCGAGCUGUCCUUAUAAUUCCUGAUAUUUAUAACAGGCAAUAUUUAAAAGAAUUAACAACUCUAAUGCUUUGUGAUAUUGGAUUUGGGGCAUGUUUUCUAUUACAAGAUCAUGUAGCGGCUACCUUUGGCGCAGGUCUUGGAUAUGCGUGCGUGGUCGACGUUGGAGAUCAAAAAACAUCGGUUUCUUGCGUAGAAGACGGAAUUUCUCACAGAAAUACAAGAGUACGAAUGGAUUAUGGUGGAGGAGAUAUCACACAAACGUUCUUUUGGUUACUUCAGAAAUGCGCCUUUCCUUACAAGACAUGCGAUCCAGCUAAUAAAUUGGAUGCGUUACUCUUGAGUCAAUUGAAAAAAGAUUUUUGUCACGUUGAUUUGAAUGUAUGUGGAUCUCAGGAAAAGACUUUUAUAGUUCGUAAACCGAAACAACAGACCGAGAAAUAUACUCUUCAAGUUGGUGAUGAAUGUUUGGUUGCACCUCUGAGUUUAUUUCAACCUGAAUUAUUUAAGGUUACUGGAACGCAUAGUGUGCAUAUACAAAAAAGAUCAAUGGGAGAUCCAGAAGAUCCGCAUGAUGAAAAUUACCUACGAGAAACGAGUAGAAGAGGCAUGAAAGAAAAUCUUGAACAAACAUCUGAAAUGCAAGAAGAAGCAACUGUACCAACUGUAGCAGGGGAAGAAGAAGUAGUUGUGGAUGCCGUAGAUACGGCACCGAUUACUUUAUCGAAUCGUGAUCUAGAUGCUCCACGUGAUUUUGUAGUAGGUCCUCAACAACUAUUGGGUCUCGAUCAUGCUGUACUUCAAAGUAUCGAUCGCUGUCCUACAGAAGAUCUAAAAAGGAAAAUGUAUAGUUGUGUGCUAGUUGUUGGUUCAGGUAUGAAAUUUCAAGGCAUAGGCAUGUGGUUACACAAUCGGAUCUCUCUUCAAAUUCCCUAUAUGUAUAGAGCAGAACAAUUGGAUAUUAUAACACAACCAAAAGAAAUGGACCCAGGUAUGACUACAUGGAAAGGGGCUGCGAUUUUAAGCUGUUUAGAAUCUGCUCAAGAAUUGUGGAUAGGUCGACAAGAAUGGGAACGUACAGGUGUUAGAGUAUUGAGAGAAAGAGCACCUUUUAUGUGGUAAA